AACCACAAAUACGUGCGCAACAAAAAUGGAGAGUCCACACGAGCACCAACAGAACCUGCUGCUUUCUCGCAUCAUUACCAAUGUGGAGAAACUCAACGAGGCCGUUAUGGUCAUGAACAGGUCACUACAGGAGAUCAACAUUGAGAACAUGAAUGUCGAGCUCGUCGCUCAGAUGUUCAAGAACUACCAGUCUAAUGUCUUGUUCCAUCUUGAGGCUACGGACAACCUGAAGCCGCCUGCCUGAGCAUGGCGGAACUCGUCGUUAGGUGCUGGGUGUAUGGAUGAGGAAUGAGACAAGACUGAUGACAUUUCCGGCGCACUUCACGAGCCAUAGAGCAGAUACCCACCGAGAAGCCAUAACUGGAGGAUUGCUUCGGAAUCCUGAAUUGACCGCAUUUCCCACCCUUCUUCAAAUGGCCAUGAUUAAAGGCAGUCGCAAGUUUGGCAGACCUAAAAGUGAAUGUGG